CAUAAAUGUGAUCACAAAAUUAAAGAUGGGACAAUCUGCUUCUGGAAACAAUGGAUAUAAGAUUAAAGAGUUCGAUCGCAUUGUCGAGAGACGCUAUCAAACUUAUUUGGCAGACGAAGAGGAUUGCACCUUGGCUGAUUUCUACCGAGUAGUCUGCAAAACAGUCGAAGAAAUCAACAAAAAGAUUGGAAGCACCCAAUUCAAUGUACCAAAGAUUAUCACCGUCAUGCAAGCAACUGAGUAUGUACGUUCUUUUUCUCCUCCUUAAUUUUUCGCUUUUUAUAAUUUGAUUUUUCUAG